AUGUUCGCUCGCUACGAUUACAUAAUCAUUGGAGGAGGAACCUCCGGUUGCGCGUUAGCCGCAACGCUAUCUCAAAACGCUAGCGUUUUAGUCCUGGAACGCGGCGGCUCUCCUUACGAUAACCCGUCGGCGACAGAUAUCGGAAACUUCGCUAACACACUCUCCAACAUAUCACCCAAGUCGUGGUCUCAGCUUUUCGUCUCCGAAGACGGCGUCUACAACACACGUGCGCGUGUCCUCGGUGGAGGCUCGGUGCUAAACGCGGGGUUCUACACACGUGCCGGAGAUGAGUACGUGAAAGAGGUAGAGUGGAAUAGCGAUGAAGUGGAAGCUGCUUACGAGUGGGUCGAGAAGAAAGUUGCGUUUCAACCGCCGAUGUUGGGAUGGCAAUCGGCGUUUAAAGAUGGGCUCUUGGAGGCCGGCGAGUUUCCGUACAACGGUUUCACGUACGAUCAUAUCUUUGGGACCAAGGUCGGUGGUACCAUCUUCGACCGUGCCGGUCAUAGACACACCGCGGCGAAUCUUUUGGAGUAUGCUAAUCCCAACACGGUUGCUGUCUACUUGCACGCUUCUGUUCACAAGAUCCUCUUCACCACCAAAGGAAAGCCAAGGCCAAAAGCGUACGGAGUGAUAUUUCAAGACGCAAAUGGAGUGUUACACAAGGUAGAACUAGCCAAGAACGCAAUGAACGAGGUAAUUUUGUCUGCGGGUGCCAUCGGGAGCCCGCAGCUCCUAAUGCUGAGCGGGGUGGGUCCUAUGGCUCAUCUAGCGGCUCACGGGAUUAACCCGGUGGUCUUAGACCAUCCAAUGGUUGGACAAGGAAUGGGAGAUAAUCCGAUGAAUGCCAUCUUUAUUCCUUCUCCUUCGCCCGUGGAAGUUUCUCUAAUACAGGCCGUUGCCAUCACAAAGUUUGAUAGUUACAUCGAAGGAGCAAGUGGCGUAAUCUUCUCUUAUAGUUGGACUCGUCAUUAUUUAGACGGUGUUUUGAAUUAUCUUAACGAGAUGGAGACAAGCCGUACUACUGCCACUACUACGACAUCCACACAACUCUCGACUCAAUCUAUCACUGAUUUUUUCAAAUCCUUUGAUCCUUUAUUGAAUGCGACCACAAAAGCUGGUAUAAUCCUUCAGAAAGUUGCGGGACCGGUCUCGAGAGGUCACUUGGAGCUUAGGAACACAAACCCUAAUGAUAAUCCUUCAGUGAGAUUCAACUACUAUCAAGAUCCCGAGGAUCUAGAGAAAUGUGUUGAAGGAAUUACCACAAUCACUAAAGUGAUUAACUCCAAGGCGUUUUCCAAAUUCAAGUACCCGGACGCGACCGUACAUGGCUUGCUAGAUCUAAUGCUAAGCGUUCCCACUAAUCUUAGGCCGAGGCACAUAACCUCGGUGUUUGAUUUAAAGCAGUUUUGCAUUGACACUGUGAUGACUAUUUGGCAUUACCAUGGAGGUUGCCAAGUUGGAAGAGUGGUUGACAAGAAUUACAAAGUUUUGGGUAUUGAUUCUUUGAGGGUUAUCGAUGGGUCCACAUUUCUUAAGUCACCGGGUACUAAUCCUCAAGCUACGGUCAUGAUGCUCGGAAGGCCCACUCAAGCCCAGCAAGAAGACCUCGAGCCCACCAAGCGACUCCCUCGUAAGCCAGUUAACUGCCAUCCGAGCUAUUCCGGUCGACGUAAAGACGAGCUCCAGCUCGAUCAAGGACCAGGUCGGCACUGCGAAGAAAGACGAAGUCAAAGAAGAUCUCCUUCAAAUCCGGUCUGGUCCGAGAUCACCGGGAUCGUUAGCUGCACGUGGCGAGAUACGCGGAGGUGGAUCGUAGCUGAUUCUGGAGCUAUAAAAGGAGCUUGA